AUGGCGAACCGGGAAGACUUGAUGGAUGGAGGUGACAAGAACCUGAAACUCUACCUAGCGAAGACAGAAAGGAAGAAACCUAGGAACGAUAAAGACGAAGAAGGUGACAAUGACAUCCAGGCGUUGAUCAGCGGAGAACACGUGAAGGUAUCGACGGCAUUGCUGAACUGGCUGUUUGUCAAGAACGGGAUGCCACAGCCAUCCAGUAAGCAAUUUCACAUGCUUGUGGUGGUUCGGAAGCGCUCGGCUGCACUCCUUGCCGUCGAGUGGGAGUCAACCCUUGCGAACUCUCCAUUUCCGAGGUGCGGCCAGAUAAAGAUGCGUUCAACGAUGACGACAAUCGAUAGGAUGCGCUCUUGCUCGCCGAUUCUCUGUGGCUUCUCGGGCCACGCUGCUUAA